GCAGAGCCAGCCGAGUAGAGCUGCAUUGCCGCUGUCUCCUCAGUCCAUGGCCGCCUACUCCUACCGCCCAGGCCCGGGGGCCGGCCCUGGCCCUGCCGCGGGCGCAGCGCUGCCGGACCAGAGUUUCCUGUGGAACGUCUUCCAGCGGGUUGAUAAAGACAGGAGUGGGGUGAUAUCCGACAAUGAGCUUCAGCAAGCACUAUCCAAUGGCACAUGGACCCCAUUUAAUCCGGUGACUGUCAGGUCAAUCAUUUCUAUGUUUGACAGGGAGAACAAGGCUGGUGUGAACUUCAGCGAGUUCACGGGUGUGUGGAAGUACAUCACAGACUGGCAGAAUGUCUUCCGCACCUACGACAGGGACAACUCUGGGAUGAUCGACAAGAAUGAGCUCAAGCAAGCACUCUCAGGUUUUGGCUAUCGGCUCUCUGACCAGUUCCAUGACAUCCUCAUCCGAAAGUUUGACCGACAAGGACGAGGGCAGAUUGCAUUUGAUGACUUCAUCCAGGGCUGCAUCGUCUUACAGAGAUUGACAGACAUAUUCAGGCGCUACGACACAGAUCAGGACGGCUGGAUUCAGGUGUCUUAUGAGCAGUAUCUCUCCAUGGUCUUCAGCAUUGUAUAACCAAGCCUUGCAAAUAUCAGCACAACACGUGAAGAAAAAUCUGAAAAUGCCAAAUCCCUUACCUAUGAUAAAACGGGACAAAAUAAAGUUAGAUGCUGUUCCUCCUGUAGAUUUUGUAUAAUUAAUACUUGGGGACCUGGCUGUACAUAUGUGAAUAAGCUGAUUAGUGCUUUGCUGUAACAGUAGCUGCAUUGUUAUAAUACAAACCUUCGGUUUGCUGACUGUGCCAUGAGUGAAAUGUAAUAAUGGUUCAGAUAUUCUAUAUGCAACAAGUGUAUCGUGUCCUUUUCUAUCUGCAAUUCUGUAAUUGAAAUGCUUUUAUUAGCCAGUAGGAUUUUAAAAUAAUGUGGAACUUGCACAGACUUUUCAUGUGCCUUACUUUUUUAAGAAGGUUCACUGGAGUAUGCAACAUAAGCAAUAAAGUAAUGAUA